CAGACUUUUCCCUUUGUCAGCCACAUUACACAUUCUGCACUGACUGCCUGCAUGAGAACAUAUAUUUUUCUUCCUGAUCUGGGCUGUAAUGGAGUUAGAAUAUCUGUUUCCUGAUCUACUCUGCCAUAAAUGAUCUACUUUCUAAACAUGUUUCAGCAAUUAUUGUGAAACAAGCCAGCAGAACAGUUCAACAUAUUUUCAAGUCGGAUAAACCAACAUGGAGAUUUAAAGAAUAAGCAUUGAAAACAUAUAAAGAAGGUCAUGUCGAGAACCUGGAUUGAACCAGUGGUGGCUGGGGCCCAGAUAGCCAGCUCAUUUUAUGACACUGGGCUGCUUUUAGUGGUGAAGAGCCACUACAACCAAUCAUCUUUAUCUUCGAACAGCACCAGUGAUGAUGAAGAGCAGAAUGCCAUCUCUAACUUUUACCUAAUCCACAAUUUGAUCUUGGCACUGACCCCAAUUCUUUCUGCCUAUAUACUGGCCAACAUAGGUGAUAAAAAGAGCAGAAAGGUCCCGAUAUGUGUGCCGCUACUUGGCUACUUUGUAUCACGGAUGUUUCUUCUCUUUGUGAUUCUAUUUAAUUGGCCCAUAGAGGUCAUGUUUGGCUCUGCUGCUCUGAAUGGCUUGACUGGAUUUUUUACCACAUACUGGGCUGGAGUUUUGGCAGUUGCGUCUCUGGGCUCUUCUGAGAGCAAAAGAUCAGUUCGAAUUAUUAUCAUUGAACUGGUCUAUGGAGUGGCUGGUUUUGUAGGCAGUUUGGUAUCUGGCCAUAUAUUCAAGAAUUUUGAUAUUGCAAACCAGAAAGGUUCUGUCCUGGUAAUCCUCAGUCUUUGUUUUUAUGCCUUCUCCCUUAUUUAUAGUCUUUUUAUUUUUAAAAUCCCUAGAAUUGAAGAAACUGGGCCUGGCAACACAGAAUCAACAGAAACAUCCACACUGCUAAUGAAAAAUCCAACUGAGACAUCAACAGCAAAUGGUGUAACCAUGACUUCUUCUUCUAAGGUCUUCCUUGUUUUACUCUUCCUUAGUGCCAUCUUGUAUAAUGCAGCAGUAGGUGGUGCUGUGGAUGUGCUUCCCUUCUUUAUCAUUAAAGAACCCCUAAGCUGGGGUGCCGUAGAAGUUGGUUAUGCUAACGCCGCUGGCUACCUAAUAUUUGUAACAAGCUUUUUGGGAGUAUAUUUUUUCUCCAAACGUUUAACGGAUUUUGUCAUGAUUGGCAUUGGCAUUUUGUCCUUCAGUGCUGGUAUAUUCAUCAUGGGAUUUGUACAAUGGACCUUCUUGUUUUAUGUUGCUCGAGUUGUGAUGAUGUUUUCAUUGAUACCACUGCCAACGAUUAGAUCUGUAAUAUCCAAACAUGUACAAGGAUCAUCCUAUGGUAAAGUCUUUGUUGUGCUGCAGCUUUUAUUAUCUAUCACACAUGUGGUAACUUUAAUUUCAUUCACCAAGCUUUACCAAGCCUCACUGAAAUGGUUCCAUGGACUCUGCUUUAUCCUGGCAAGCAUAAUUGCUCUGCUCAGCCUCAUUCCCAUCAGAAUUGCAGCGUAUAUGCAUCAGUCAAGGACUACCAUUAUGAGCAGUGCAACACAUACAAUUUCCUAGAACUUUUCCAAUCUUCUACGUCUAUGACUUAAAAUGAAAAUGAAGACUUUAACUUUUUUUUUAAUUUAAAUCUCUCUGCUUUAUAUCAAGAUGUCAAUUCUUUGACAACACAUUUUUACUAGCAAUAUUAAAAUGACAGAUUUUCAUAUUGAAGUGAAAUAUAUUUUUUAUAUGUAGGAAUAACCUAAUUAAAUGUAUGUAUUGCAAUA